CCGGGGAGGCGGGGGAAGCCAGGACGGCGCGGAGAACCUGGACCUGCAGGGCAGUCAGGACGCGAUGGUUACCCGGGGCCUCUUGGUUUGGAUGGCAAACCAGGACCUCCAGGACCAAAAGGGGAGAAGGGUGAAGCAGGGGACAUCGGCCCAAGGGGCAAUCAAGGUCGAGAUGGAGCCACUGGUCCCCCUGGUCCUCCAGGACCCCCAGGUGCCCGGGGGCCUCCUGGUGACACAGGAAAAGAUGGCCCAAGAGGACCUUCAGGCCCCCCUGGUUUCAAAGGUGAGCCAGGAGAAGAAGGCCUCAUGGGUGCCAGGGGACCUCCAGGACCAAAGGGUGAACCUGGCAGCCAAGGGAAAAAGGGUGAUGAUGGGAUCCCUGGGGAGCCAGGACUUAUGGGCCCUAAGGGUGAAAAAGGAAGUGCAGGUCCCAAAGGAGACAAUGGCACACAUGGCUUGCCAGGGCCCAAGGGUGAACCUGGUGAGAAAGGAGGAAUCGGUUCCAUUGGACCCCGGGGUCCCCCUGGCCUGAAAGGGGAGCAAGGUGACACUGUGGUGAUCGACUACGAUGGCCGAAUCCUGGAUGCACUCAAGGGUUCACCAGGCCCUCCAGGGCCACCAGGCCCCCAAGGUGCUCCAGGUCCCAAGGGAGAGCUGGGCUUGCCGGGUCCACCUGGACUGGAUGGUGAAAAGGGUCCCAAAGGAGUGAAGGGUGACCAGGGCAGCCCAGGGAUCAUGGGACAGAAAGGAGAGACAGGAGAAAUGGGACUGUCGGGUCCACCGGGAGCAGAGGGGCCAAAAGGAGACAAAGGAGAAAAAGGAGAUACUGGCUCACCGUGUUUGCAGAAUAAUCAUAUCAUACCUGAGCCUGGACCCCCAGGAUUACCUGGCCCUAUGGGUCCUCCAGGAAUCCAGGGGCCUAAAGGUUUGGACGGUGCAAAGGGAGAAAAAGGUGACAGUGGUGAGAAGGGGGACCAGGGUGACACGGGACCUGCUGGUCUCCCGGGUGCUCCAGGGCUCAUUGGUUUACCCGGUACCAAAGGAGAGAAGGGAAAGCCAGGGGAGCCAGGAUUGGAUGGUUUCCCAGGUCUCAGAGGAGAGAAAGGAGAGAGGAGUGAAAGAGGCGAGAAGGGUGAGCGAGGAAUACCAGGGAGAAAAGGAGCCAAAGGACAGAAGGGGGAACCAGGCCCUCCUGGACUGGAUCAGCCUUGUCCUGUGGGCCCAGACGGACUGCCAGUAGCAGGAUGUUGGCAUAAGUGAUCUCUGAGCAUGAAGCACAAUAUGUAAAUAAUGUGAUAUAUUUUGAUCUUUUUAAUUUUUGUAUAAAAAAAGGAGAAAAAAAAAAAACUUUCAACAGUAAUAUAUUGACCUUUUUUUAUACUGGAUUCUGUCAUUUAUGGACUUGGCAAAUAGUGUAAAGCUCCCAAACCCCUAAGAUGCUCAUGGUAACAUCAGGAUUUGAUGAAGGUACCAGUGCCAGUGCCUGGGGAUAAGCAGUGUUCACUGCUGGUGUUGCUGUGUGAACUAACAGUACUGAGACCAGCGGGUUGCCUUGUGUGCCUUACUGCAUGAAGGGGGGAGAAAUCCCCCUCCUCCUUUGCCUCUCAACUCUGUAUUUGCAUUGCAC